AUGUCUGCACUAAAGUUAAAUGGUAAAGGAGAAAAAAUUGAGAGUGAUAGUCAUUUUGUAUUUGAAAAUACAAAAACGAAAGGAAUUUAUAAAAUGAUAAUUAAAAACAUAAAAACAACUGAUAUUUCUGAAUACACUUUGGUUGCAACUAAUAAAGCUGGAGAAAGCAAACAAAAAGUUAAAUUGAGCCUUCACGGUGAAAAACCUUCUUUUGUAAAACCUCUAAAAGAUGCUGAUGUGAAAGAUGGUGAAGAUGCUAAUUUCUUAGUUAGAUGUAAUGGAAUUCCAAAACCGGAUAUUAAAUGGUACAAAGAUGAAAAAGAAUUAACGGAUACAGAUAGAAUAACGUUAAAAACACAAACAGAGGGUCAAGUUUCAACUUCGUUAGAUAUUACUCAAUUCCAGGCAGACGAUGUUGGAGAAUAUAAAGUAACAGCAACGAAUGCCAUGGGCACAGCAGAAAAUAAAUUUAAAUUGAAUAUGAGUCAAAUUGCUCCAGUUUUCGAAAAAGGUUUGCCGAAAAGUUUAGAAGUGGGAGAUUUAUUGGAAUUGACUUGCAAAGUGUCUGGAAGUCCCAAACCUACAUUAAAAUGGUCCAAAGACGGAGAACCUUUAGUUCCAGGCGGUGAUGUUAAAAUUACAGAACUUCCCAACGGUGUUGUAAAACUUUCUAUAGAAAACAUGACUCCAGAAAAAGGUGGCUUGUACACUCUGGAUGCUGAAAAUCCAAACGGGAAAAAAACGGGACAUUGCGCCGUCACCGUGGAGCCGAAAAGUAGUAAACCAAAAUUCGUGGAAGGUUUAAAAGAUGUUUCAGAAAAAGAAGGAAACCCAAUACAACUGCAAGCAAAAAUAACGUGUUACCCUCCUCCAGAAAUCAAAUGGUACAAAGAUGGCGUUCCUUUAAAGCCCAGUCAAGGUGAAACUAGUUUUAAUGAAAAAGAUGGAACAUUAAAAUUAAAAAUAAAUUCUUUAAAACCCGAAAAUGCUGGAGUUUAUUCAGUAAAAGUUAGUAACAAAUUAGGAGAAGCAUCGCAAGAAGCUAAAGUUGAAGUUAUGGAAGCUCCUAAAAAACCAAAAUUUGAUUCUACCCUUUUACCUGUUACCGCCGUCGAGGGAUCUCCCGUCAAAUUUUCUGUCAAAGCAAGUGGCAAUCCUAAACCUGCCAUAAAAUGGUCUCAUAACGGAAAGGAAAUAGUACCCGAUGGUGAAAAUAUUAUUAUCAAGUCGGAACCCGAUGGAAGUGAAGUAUUGAUAUUAAAUAAAUGUACUCCUGAAAAUGCUGGAGAAAUCGAAGCCACAGCUGUUAACGAUGAAGGAAGUAUUUCGACUAAGGCUCCUCUGGUUGUUUUGGGUAAAAAAGUCGAAGGAAAGAAUGAAAAAGAACCAUCGUUUACCAGUCCUCUAAAUAAUGAAUCCGUUGAUGAGGAUGACAAUAUAAUUUUAUCAGCUCCCAUUUCCGGUAAUCCAAUUCCAGAUAUUUCUUGGGAAAAAGAUGGCAAACCGUUAAUACCAAACGAUCGAAUUCUACCUACAUUUGAUGGCAAAAAGGUGAGCUUAGAAAUAAAACCUUGCAAAUUGUCUGAUGCUGGUAAUUACACGUGUCAUUUGCUUAAUCAUUUGGGAAAAGCAAAAAGUACCGGUAACGUUAAAGUAAGGAAAAUUUUUGAAGAACCAGUUUUCGUGGAAAAAUUCAAAGAUACCGAACAGUUUUUGGAUAAAGAUGUCGUACUUAAAGCUCGAAUCACGGGAAAUCCAAAAGUUGAAACUGAAUGGUUUUUUAACGGUCAAAAAAUUAAUGAUGAUGGUGACAAAUAUAAAAUGGAAAGAGAUGGAGACAGAUUUAGUUUGAAUAUAAAAAAUAUAAAACGUGAAGACUGCGGAUUUUAUAGGUGUUGCGCUUUCAACAGAGCAGGAAAAGCUGAUUGUGUUGCUCAACUCAAUAUCAAAAAAGAAAUAGAUGACAAACAACAAUUUGAACCGCCGACCUUUUUGAAAAAACUUAGCGAUUGUGACGUUUACAAAGGAAUGAAUGCUAAAUUUACAGCUUGCUGUGCAGGUUUUCCAAAACCGGAUAUGGAAUGGUUUAAAGAUGGCAAUAAACUUUUACUAACGAACAGCAGGUUUAAAGUCGAUUACGAAGACAGCGGAUUGAUUCGACUCACGAUUUAUAACGUGAACGACGACGAUAUUGGAACGUAUAAAUUAAAAAUUAGUAAUAAAUAUGGAGAAGCAGAUUGUUCGGCUAAACUUAUUUGCGAUUAUUCGAAACAAAACAAAAAGAAAGUAACCGUACCUGAAAAACCUCGGAAAAAAGAAAUCGAAUGCGAAAUACCUUCUGCACUCACUGAUAAACCCAUUAUAAGUAGAAUGACUGAUAGACAUAUGACAUUAUCUUGGAAACCAUACCUGCCAAUAAGGCCUCAACCUCCUGUUACUUAUAUUCUCGAAAUGUGCAAAAUACCAGAUGGUGAUUGGUUUACCGCUAGAAAAGGAAUUUUAAGUUGCGCUUGUGACAUACGAAAUUUAGAACCUUUCCAGGAUUACAGGUUUCGUGUACGGGUAGAAAAUAAAUAUGGAAUUAGUGAUCCAUCGCCGUACACCGAAACCUACAGACAGAAAAUUAUUUCGGAUUCAAGAGAUGGCAUCGAUUUACGAAGGCCGAAAUUUAAUUUUGAUUCUCCUGCAAUACCUAAAGGAUUCGAUUUGGACAGGCCGUCACAUGACUCUUAUGCUCACGCUCCUGAAUUUCUACGUCAGGAAUACGACGUUCAAUAUGGCAUAAAAAAUCAAAAUUCGAGUCUUUUCUGGUUUGUUUACGGUUAUCCUAAACCCACCAUGACAUAUUAUUUUAACGAUGAGCCGAUAGGAAUGGGUGGACGAUAUGAUUGUAGUUAUACCGGAAAUGGUCAAGCGACACUUUUUAUUAAUGGAAUGCUCGAUCGUGAUGUCGGAUGGUACGAAGCGGUUGCCAAAAACGAACACGGAGAAGCCAGGCAAAAAGUUCGACUCGAAAUCGGUGAACUUCCAUAUUUCAUAAGAAGACCUGAAGAAUCGUACAUAUUGUUACGGGAAUCUGGAGUUUUAACGGCUCGGAUUUACGGCGUACCGAAUCCGGAAAUUAAAUGGUACAAAGAUUGGCAACCUUUAACGUCAUCCUCCAGGAUAAAAAUUGAGAAAAAGGAUUCUGACACGUACACGCUGACAAUAAACGAUGCCAUUUCAAAAGAUGCCGGGUUAUAUUCUAUAUCGGCAACAAAUUUUGCCGGAACUGUUAGUUCUUCGGCCAUGAUUCACAUCGAAGAAAAUGAAGAGGUUUAUAAAUAUGCAACCUACAGGGGAGAGAGAAAUAUAAAAAAAAGAACGGAACCUCAUUCGAAUUACUACGAUAUUGGUUUAGAAUUAGGUAGAGGAACUCAAGGGAUAACGUAUCACGCAGUUGAAAGAAAAUCAGGUCAAAAUUACGCCGCUAAAUUCAUGCACGGUCGUUCUGAGCUCAAACCAUUCAUGUUAAACGAAUACAACAUAAUGAACAUGUUAAAUCACAAAAAUCUAAUUCGUUUGUACGAUUCAUUUGACACGAACGAUUUAUUAGUUCUCGUCAUGGAAUUAGCCGGAGGUGGGCAACUCAUCGAAUGGAUAACUAAACAAACUUACAUAACCGAAAUAGAAAUAGCCAAAUACAUAAGGCAAAUUUUAUGGGGAUUAGAAUACAUGCACUCGUGUGGCUACGCACAUUUGUCACUAUCGUUAAAUGAUUUGCUUCUUUCUCGUCCAGAUGGCGAUGAGUUAAAACUAUGCGAUUUUGGUCUAAGCAGAAGAAUCACUCUGAACAAUUUAUGCGCUCUGAAUUAUGGUAUGCCAGAAUUUGUUGCACCGGAAGUGGCCAAUGGCGACGGAGUCAGUUAUUCAGCAGAUUUAUGGUCUCUGGGAAUCAUAACUUAUAUUUUACUUUCGGGUAUUUCACCGUUUAAAGGAAACAACGAUAGAGAAACAUUAACUAGAAUAAAAGAAGGAACGUGGAAAUUUGACGAGGAGUAUUUUUCAAACAUAUCGAGCGAAGCAAGAGAUUUCAUAACAAGAUUGCUCACAUUUAAAGCCGAAGAUAGAAUGGACGUUAAAAAUGCUUUGCGUCAUCCUUGGCUCUUGAAAUUAAACGAAUCCGCACACGAUCAAUAUAAAAUAAGCACAAAUAAUUUGAAAAAUUAUUAUUAUUCUUUAAAAAGUUGGUAUGACAAUGCAAAUUGCCGACCGUGGUACAGAAGAGAACCUCUCAAUAAUGCUUUCACUCAUCCUUCUAAAAUGGUUUAUCCGCCUAAUUUGGAUUACUCAUCCAACGAUUAUGAUUUACCGUCAAAAACUGUUAAAACGCCCAGAGGUCAUCCUAUUUCAAAUGUUCCAUCGAUUCCAAGAGAGAAUUUAGACUACGAAAUUGGAGAUUUUAAAUCGGAAAGCCAGUACCAGUGCGGACCUGACACUUACCUUUUGCAAUUACGUGAUGUUGAUUUACCAUGUCGAUUACGUCACUACAUGAAAGUAGCUGCCGAGAGACCGCUUGGUAUUGUAUCAGGAGGACCUGAAAAUAUAGAUAAAAGAACUCCGGUAAUAAAAGAAAGAAGAAAAUUUAUGGAUAUAAUGGAUGAAGAAAUAGACGACGAAAGACGAGCAAAAUUAAGUCAAUACGGCACUGAUGAAACUGGAACGUUGAGACGUUUGAAACACGAAAUUGGAUGUAGGUCGGAUAAUCAUGCAGAAGCUGAAGCCAUGUUGGAAAGUAGAAGAGAUGGACGACUACCAUUUUUCAGAGAAAAACCAAAAAAUUUAGCCAUCAUCCCGAAUAAACCUGGAGAAUUUAGUUGUUUAGUCACUGGAGAUCCCGAACCGAUUGUUCAGUGGUUUAAAAAUGAUUUGGUGUUACCCGAAAGUUCACGUAUAAAAAUGUUUUCCGAUGAGAAAAAAAGAUUUUAUUUGAAAUUUGAACCUGCGCUCAAAAACGACGCUGGAGUUUACAAAGUCGUGGCGAAAAAUAAAAUCGGUCAAACAAUUGCCAGAAUGAGAGCCGUCUUUUCAUCAGUACCAUUAUCACCAAAUCCACCGGAAGUCGGUGAAGUUUCCGACACGGAAGUUUUAAUCAAAUGGAAACCGGAGAGUGACGAUGUUUAUAUUCCAAUUAUUUGUUAUUCUUUACAAUAUAAAAAAUCAGACGAUACUGAUUGGAUAAAAGUCGCUGACAAUAUCGAUUUAGAUUUUUGGUUAGUGAAAAAUUUAAUACCGGAAACGAGUUACGAUUUCCGGUUACUCGCUAAAAAUUGCAUAGGUUGGAGUGCUCCAAGUUUACCGUUACAAUUAGUGCAAACAUCCGAACCAGGAAGUGCUAAGAUUAACAUGUCGGAUGCACAGGAAAAAAUGCAAAGAGAAACGGAAAACACGAGCGAGAUGGAUUCAUCAAAUAACGAAUUUGAAUUGAAUUACGAAGUUGAAGAUUCGCCCAUAACCUGGACGACAGAUUCCAACUUUGAACAAAAAUAUCAACUUAAUUCGGUGAUGGCGAGGGGAGAGUUUUCCGUCAUUUUGGAAGGAGUCGAUAAAGAAACUAAUAAAAAUAUAGUUGCGAAAGCGAUCGAUGUUAAUUCAAACACUGAAAAAAACGUGGCACAAGAAUUCGAGAGCUUUAAAAGUUUAAAACAUCAAAGGAUCGUUAAUUUGUUAUGCGCAAUGCGUCCCGCGCCGAAUUUAACGGUUUUCGUUAUGGAACAACUUGAAAAAAUCGACAUUCUAACGUAUUUUGCAUCUCGAAAAGAAUUCAACGAAGAUAUGAUCGUGACUGCUCUCACUCAGGUAUUGGACGGUUUGCAGUACCUACAUUGGCGAGGGUUGUGUCAUUUAAAUCUUCAACCUGAUAACAUCGUCCUAUCAUCUGAUAGAGUUUUACAAGUUAAACUUAUUGAUUUCGGUUCGACUCAAAAAGUAUCGAAAUUAGGCACGAUCGUCAACGCUCCGAUAACGGAUUACACCGCUCCUGAAAUAAUUUGUAACGAACCUGCUUUUCCACGAACCGACAUAUGGAGUUUAGGUGUGGUAGCCUACGUUUUACUCUCCGGUGUGACUCCAUUCACUGGAGAAACGGAAGAAGAAACUCGACAAAAUAUUAAAUUCGUACGAUAUAGAUUUGAACCUUUGCAUAAGAAUUUAACGCAAGAAGCCGUUAGAUUUUUAAUGCAAAUAUUUAAAAGAGCUCCAAGCAAACGACCGACAGUUGAAGAAUGUUACGAAUCAAGAUGGUUUAUGACGAGUGAAUUCGUUAUAAAAAAACGACAGAAAUCCUGUUUCCCUGGAAAUUUACUCAAAAAUUACGACGAAGUUUACCACAGUAAAAAAUCUGAUGAUAAUCCAGCAGCAUUAAAUUCAUUGGAAAACAUUUUAGGGAAAAAAUUUUAA